AUGAUUGGGUUCUUCUUGAAGCGUGGCUGGAGAUUCUUCGUUGUAGGAUUUGCUUUGCUAUCUUUAGCAUCAGCUGGAGUAGUUCCAACUGAAUACUUGCCACCAGUACAGGAGGUAGCUGCACCAACUGUUGAAUACUUGCCACCAGCUGAAGCUGUUAUUGCUCCUGAACCAACUAUUUUAGCUGAUGAUGGAUAUCGUUACAAGACUGUUAGGAAGCUUCGUCUAAGGCAUCGUCGUGAUGUCAACGAAAUCAACAACGAAUAUUUGCCCCCAGUUGAGGAACAAGCUGCCGUCGAAGUAGCCGCUCCAGUUGUUGAAGUUGCUCCAGUUGCUGAAUCCGCUGUUCUUGCUGAUGACGGAUACAGAUACAAGACUGUUAAGAAACUGAGGUAUCGUUACCGAUUUGCUUUGCUAGCUUUAGCAUCAGCUGGAGUAGUUCCAACUGAAUACUUGCCACCAGUACAGGAGGUAGCUGCACCAACUGUUGAAUACUUGCCACCAGCUGAAGCUGUUAUUGCCCCUGAACCAACAAUUUUAGCUGAUGACGGAUAUCGUUACAAGACCGUAAGGAAGCUUCGUCUGAGACAUCGUCGUGAUGUUAACGAAAUUAGCAACGAAUACUUGCCUCCAGUUGAAGAACAAGCUGCCAUUGAAGUAGGUGCUCCAGUUGUCGAAGUCGCUCCAGUACCUGAAUCCGCUGUUCUUGCUGAUGAUGGAUACCGUUACAGAACCGUGAAAAGGUACCGUCUCAGACGUCGUCGUGAUGUCAACGAAAUCAGUAACGAAUACUUGCCCCCAGUUGAGGAACAAGUUGCCGUCGAAGUGUCUGCCCCAGUUGUCGAAGUUGCUCCAGUACCAGAAUCAGCUGUUUUAGCUGAUGAUGGUUACCGUUACAGAACCGUGAAGAGGUACCGUCUCAGGCGUCGUCGUGAUGUUAACGAAAUCAACAACGAAUACUUGCCCCCAGUUGAGGAACAAGCUGCCGUCGAAGUAGCCACCCCAGUUGUCGAAGUUGCUCCAGUUGCUGAAUCCGCUAUUCUUGCUGAUGAUGGAUACCGUUACAGAACCGUGAAGAGGUACCGUCUUAGGCGUCGUCGUGAUGUUAACGAGAUCAGCAACGAAUAUCUGCCCCCAGUUGAGGAACAAGCUGCCGUCGAAGUGUCUGCCCCAGUUGUCGAAGUUGCUCAAGUACCUGAAUCAGCUGUUCUCGCUGAUGAUGGAUACAGAUAUAAGACUGUUAGGAAACUUAGGUACAGGUACCGUCAUUAG